AUGAGUGAGGAUGAGAUCGAUAUAAUCGAUCUCGAAGAGUUUGAGGAAGAGUUUGAGGAAGAUAUCGAUCCCAGCUUGCUUGCUGAUAUGGCAAACUUUCCUGGGAAGGCUAGGAAUGAGGUUAUUGCGGCGAGACGACUUUGGGCUACAAAUACCAUUGAGAUCUACAAUAAGAACGAAGACGAUCCUUAUACGAGAAGAGUUUUCAUUGCAAGAGAUGUCAUCUGCUCACUAUCAGGUCGCUUUCGAAAGUUGUCACCCACCUCUCGAUCCUGGCCAAUCAUUGAGUGGAAAAUGGCCGUUGAUCAGCAAUGGAGGAAAAACUUCAACCCCUGGGCCUUCAUACAAGAUAUAAUGAAAUAUCUACACACAUUUGCCCCAAUAGAGACGGAGGAAGAACUCUUCGAAUUCAUGUGUGGCGAGUGGACAUUAGGUGCUGCGUUCGAAGCUCCAAAGUAUCAGAAUUACGCCAUGAAGAGAGCAAUGUCCUUGCACACUGCGGAAUUCCAGGUGCGAGCGAGGGUCUAUAUCAAUAGUAACGAAAAGAAUAUUUCGAUAUGGGACGUAGUGCAGCUUCGGCGUUUCGAGCCCACAUAUGCUAAGGAAGGCGAUCUAAACAAGUACAAGUUGGCGACGUACAUUCUUGACAGCCUGGUCUGGGAUACCUUCGCGGGUGGUACUUUAUGGCUGAAUAUGGUGAAAGACGGCGGUUUCCUAGCCGAGAUUGUUGCGACAGCCCAUUUCGAAGCAGCAAAGAAGCCCGCUCCAAGAUUCCCGCCAUGGCACAUAUUCAAUCGUCACAAGUACCUGCUUAACGAGGAUCCUAUCACCCCACCAAAGCGAGCAGGCGACGAUAUGGUCAGUGAAUCAGGGAAGCGGGCUAGAUAUAUGUGA